AAUAGAACAACACGAAGCCGUAGAACAGAAGAGGGCUCUUUCUGUGCGGAGCUUAAAACUUUAUCUUUUCCACAUCCAAGAUGGAUCGGUAUCAGAGAGUCGAAAAGCCGAGAGCAGAGACCCCCAUUGAUGAGAAUGAGAUUAGGAUUACGAGUCAGGGAAGGAUGCGCAACUAUAUCACAUAUGCCAUGACUCUACUGCAGGAAAAAGGAUCAAACGAAAUUGUUUUUAAGGCAAUGGGAAGAGCUAUCAACAAGACAGUGACCAUAGUGGAGUUGAUCAAGAGAAGAAUUGUUGGUCUUCAUCAGACUACUACAAUUGGAUCCACUGACAUCACUGAUACAUGGGAGCCCCUAGAGGAAGGCCUCUUGCCUUUGGAGACCACCAGGCAUGUUUCCAUGAUUGUAAUAACCCUUUCAAAGAAGGAAUUGAACAAGACGUCUCCUGGGUACCAGCCCCCAUUACCUGCUGAUCAGGUGAAGGCAUUGACCGAAUUUGAUUAUGAAGGAGAGGGUUCACCAAAUGGUCGAGGUCGGGGCCGCGGCAACAGAGGAAGGCCAAGGACUAGAGGGAAUGGUUUUGUUUCUGCUGAAUAUGAUGAUGGAGGUUGGGACGUGAAUCGGAACAAUGUUAGAGGGCGAGGGCCUAGAGGUCGUGGGAGAGGACGAAGUUUCCGUGGCCGUGGAAGGGGAGGGUAUAAUGGAACUCCAGAUAUACAGCAAGACGGAGGUUACAAUCAAGAAGCCCCAUUCCAAGGUCGUGGUCGUGGCCGUGGUAGGGGAUCCCGUGGAAGGGGCCGUGGGUUUAGAUCUAAUGUGCCGAUCCAGGUAUCUGCGUAGGAUGCUAAAAUGGGUGCUCUCGUGGAUGCAAUGCAAUGCAAAUGCCCCGAUGAUGUCUCUGUGUUCACUAAAUAUCGUUAUUUAUUUUUAGCAGAAAAAAAAAGUUAUUUUAUUUUUCCUUUUUGUUUAUCCUGGACAACUGAUGUUAACUCUAGUCUCUAGGGUCGUUUACUGUAGACUAUUAGUUUGGAGCCGCUGUCGUAUGAGGCAAGCCCUUUUUUGGUAGUAGACGUAGGUGAGAUGUUUGAACAGUUGUAAGCGUUUCCCGCCUUUUUUUCUUUUUCUUUUUCCCCCUCCUGGUCCGUUUACGAACAGCUCUAGUUAUGUAUUCGGAUUCAGCAGCGCAUUCUUUUAUUUUUGUUUGAAGAGUUUCAGGCGUAUUCUUCUUUAGUUUUAAAGUAUAAUAUAAGCUGUAUUUCAUGUCU